AUGCUGGUGUCACUGCCCAUUGGGACUUCCAGGGGAGAGAGGUAGGCAGUAGCGAGAGAGAGGGGAGCACGCUUGUCAGAAGGUGCCCAAGGAACACUCGGGUUUUCUCUCUCGCUCGUUAUUUUUGUCUUUUAACAGCUACCUGAAGUUUCUGGGUGUGAAGUCAUCAUGGCAGACCUGGGCUGCAAAAAACCCAGUGACUGCACUGUCUCCAGGCUGCUCAGCGUGGUGGAGAGUGAACUCCGGGCUGGGAGAGACAAAGGCGACCCCACAGAGAAGCAGCUCCAGGUUGUCCUAGAGGAUGCGACGCUCUGGCAGAGAUUCAGGGAAGUCACUAAUGAGAUGAUUGUGACCAAGAAUGGCAGGCGGAUGUUCCCUGUGUUGAAGAUCAGUGUGUCGGGCUUGGACCCCAAUGCCAUGUACUCCUUCCUCUUGGACUUUGCCCCCACUGACGGCCACCGCUGGAAGUACGUCAAUGGAGAAUGGGUGCCAGCUGGGAAACCAGAGCCACCCAACCACAGCUGUGUCUACAUCCACCCAGACUCUCCCAACUUUGGGGCCCAUUGGAUGAAAGCUGCCAUUUCCUUCAGCAAAGUCAAACUUACCAACAAGCUCAAUGGGAGUGGGCAGAUAAUGUUGAACUCCCUCCAUAAAUAUGAACCCCAGGUACACAUAGUUCGUGUAGGAGGUCCCCACAGGAUGGUGAUGAACUGCUCCUUCCCUGAGACACAGUUCAUAGCUGUGACUGCCUAUCAAAAUGAAGAGAUAACAGCUCUCAAAAUCAAGUAUAAUCCCUUUGCAAAAGCCUUCCUGGAUGCAAAAGAAAGAAACCAUCCCAAGGAUGCUCCAGAAACAGUCUCUGAAGGUCAACAUAUGACAUAUUCUCACUUGGGUGGCUGGUUGAUAUCCAACCCAGAUACAAUGUGUCCAUCAGGAAGUUCUAAUUAUCAGUACACGGGACCUUUGCCUCUGCCAGCUCCACACACUCCUCAUAGCUGUGAGCGAUAUUCAGCACUGCGAGGGCAUCGAGCUGCUCCCUACCCACCUCCCUACGUGCAGAGAAAUCACUCACCUACAGUUAAUUUGCUGGAGAGCUCCAGCAAUAAUCUUCAGGUAUUCUCAGGACAUGACGGCUGGACUUUGCCAUCCUCUCCACAUGCUAAUUUGCUCUCAGUGCCACAUGCCAAGGGAUCUGCCAGCCCUGGGCCCAGCCACUACCCUUGCCUGUGGACAGUGAGCAACAGUUCUGUCAAUGUUGCCAACCCAGGAAGCGAGGUGAACAGCAGCCCUUCAAGCAUGUUUCUAAGGGGCAAUGUCCCCUUACCCGCUGCAUCAUCAGUCCAAAUGCCUCGGCAGGGAAUGGUGUCCAGCAGCAUGGAAACACAAGGGGAAGCCUCUCUAGGCAGGCUAGCCGACUCUGCGUGGACAUCCUCACACUCCUUUUAAUAGACCAGCGGCUCAGGAGGGAAGCUUA